AUGUACUUCGGCUAUGUUCUGUCCAUUACAGUCCUCCUUCUCUCGCUCCCUUCGGUUAGUCAUGGAUCGGUUUCUCGAAGUGAGUUCUUGCCCCGUCCAUUCCUAAACUUGCAAUCCUUGCCUUUCUUUCCUCUCCAGUCAUUCUCACCUUGGUCAUUUUCUUCCUCACGCAGGUCGUUAUAAACGGAAGCUACAGUUCUCGCCUCCAUGCCCUGAGGAGGGCUACCGCUUCGACAAAGGUGAGCUCUUAUGCAUACUUGAAGUGUAGACAUCCAGACAUUGAUGUAGUCGUCUUCUGCAGAUAGAAGCCGAGUAUGCGUAGGGCCUGUGUGUUUGUAGGGAAGGACAUUAGGGCAGUUUGAUUCUUAGGUGGGAAAGGGAAGAGUGGUUAUUACGUUCUAGCCCAAAUGUGUCCUUAAUUGUCCAUCCCCUUUGACUUUCGACAGAAACUGGAAACUUCCUCUGUCUCGUACCCACUGGCAAGGAGUGCUUCGAGUUGUGCCAACAACAUCAUUGCAAUGAGUGGUCAGCCUUCAACUUCAUGUACAGCAAGGACACGAAGGUACGUCAUCGGCAGGCCUGUCGGUGUGUUCGGCCCUUCAAUAUGUGUCUCUACAACUACGUUCCUUAA